UAAAAGAAAUGUUCUGUAUAAGUGACUGUUCUUGAGAGAUCCCUGGAGCUGAUGUGAAUGUGAGAGGACAUAGUGACAGGGCUAAUGGAGUGGAUAUUGACUAUGGAGAUGAGUGGAGGAUGUGGGCAGUGGAGUCCAUCAUAGUGCUGUGCCCUCUGUGAAGGUCCUGGGUCCACCUCUCCUGUCCCUGGUGUCCUCUGUUUCCUCUCUACCUGCAGCAUCACAUGUUUAGAAAGUGGAUGUCACUCAUCUGUGUGGGAUGGACGAAUAACAAGCAGACCCCAAAACUGAAGACAGAGUGGUAGGACUGGCUGUGAAUGAAUGUUAUGUGAGUGAAUUGUAGUAGUGUGCACAACAGGAGAGAUUGUCGCUGUGUCCUGAAGGUGGGGAUGUUGUUAUGUGUGUGCUGUGUAGUGCAGGCAGCAAUGACUGAAUAGCUCAUCAUCCCCAGCUCUCUCCUCCGGCCUCUGAUGCUUACAAAUCCUCAGACUCAAUGUACUGCUGUGUGUGGAGGCUCCAGGCAGCGCCCUGCAUCCAGGAUACUCAAGAUCCGGGAGAUCAGAGAGAGGAGACCGCGGAGCGGCGGCCGGGGCCUGGCACUGCAGGUCACUGACUUUACUGGAUUUAUUGCGCCUACUUACCUGUCAUUUCUUAUUCUUAUUACUUUGUGGCUGAGUGGGACUCACAGGAGAACUUCUGCAACAAGUCCCAAGUGCUGGUGGAUAAUGGAGGUCUCUGCUACAGACCAGUCUCGCUGGGUCACCCACCAUCACCACCCGGGGGUACUUAAUGGACAACACCAUGAGUCCCAUCACCCUGGGUUAGGUCACUCGUACAUUGACCACUCUCAGUACCCUCUUACAGAAGAUGUGGAUGUACUCUUCAAUAUCGAGAGUCAAGGAACUCAUGUCUCUUCCUACUAUAACUCAGUGCGAGCAGUGCCCAGGUACCCAGGUCCACAUCCCGGCCAGGUAUGUCGCCCUCCUCUUCUACACCCCUGGUUGGAUCAUAGCAGCAAGGCUAUAGGAGGACCCCAUGCCGCUUCACCAUGGAACCUGCCCUUCUCCAAGACCCAAACUCCUCCCGGACCCCUUACUGUAUACCCUCCAGCUUCAUCAUCAUCCUCAUCCCUGGCUACGGGACAUUCAAGUCCCCAUCUCUUCCCCUUCCCCCCAACACCACCAAAAGAUGUGUCCCCAGACCCCUCAAUAUCUAACACUGGAUCCUCAGUUAAUCGUCAGGAGGACAAAGAUUGCAUCAAAUACCAUGUGUCCAGCGAGUCCAUGAAACUGGAGUCCGCUCAUGCCAGAACCUUAGGGGGGCCAGGAUCUUCUGCCCACCACUCCAUCUCCAACUACCAGUCAUAUGUCCAAGAAUACAGUCCAGGACUGUUUCCACCAAACCUUAUUGGGGGAUCACCAACCAGCUUUCCAUGUAAAUCUAGACCAAAGACACGCUCAAGUACAGAAGGCAGGGAGUGUGUAAACUGUGGGGCAACCUCAACCCCUCUGUGGAGGCGAGAUGGCACCGGGCAUUAUCUUUGUAAUGCAUGUGGACUCUAUCACAAAAUGAAUGGCCAGAACCGACCCCUCAUUAAACCUAAAAGAAGGCUGUCUGCAGCUAGGAGAGCAGGUACAUCUUGUGCAAACUGUCAAACUACCACCACUACGCUGUGGAGAAGGAAUGCCAAUGGUGACCCAGUGUGUAAUGCCUGUGGGCUGUACUUCAAGCUGCACAAUAUUAACAGACCUUUGACUAUGAAGAAGGAAGGAAUCCAGACCAGAAACAGAAAAAUGUCUAGCAAAUCGAAGAAGAGUAAAAAGAUCCACGAUGGUCUUGAGGACUACACGAAGGGUAGCUCAUUUAGCCCCGCUGCUCUCUCCAGACAUAUGUCUACGCUUAGCCACAUUUCACCUUUUAGCCACCCCAGUCACAUGCUGACCACACCAACACCAAUGCACCCAUCGUCCGGCCUCUCUUUUGGACCUCAUCAUCCUUCCAGUAUGGUCACUGCCAUGGGUUAGACUUUAAACCUUUCCUCCUGCACCCCCCUUAAGACUUCAUCUCUAUUUUGCAUUUUUUUGCAAACUGAUGACCCCCCUUUAAUCUAUGGAAAGAAAGUUAUUUAAAUGCUCACACAAUGUAGUGUUAGCAAACUUUAAAGGAACUCACUAUGGCAUCUACGCAUUCUUGACCACUGAAUUUGGAUUCCAUUUGUGAAUAAGCCAUUUAAACUUCAAAGCCCUGUUGACAAGGGUUUCUAGUGCUGUGAAGAAAGUUAUGAACAUUGCAAAAAAUUAUAAAAAACUAAAUAAUAAAAUCAUUAAAAAAAAACUUCUAUAUUGUAAAUGUUGGAGACUUUUAUCGCCACAUAGCACCUGUAUAAAAAGCAUGAAGGACCACAAAACUAUAUGGAGACGAUGGCUCUGGAAACUAAGACUUAGACUGCAAUGCUUUUUGUCUAACAACGUGAACAAACUGCCAGUGUUUUCCUCUAGCUGGCUGGAGUUGUUUGAUGCAUUUAACUUGUAGACAGAUCAUCCAUUCGGGAUUUGGGCCUCUUUUAGGAUGUUCUAUUGGUCCCAGGCAAUCAGUGUUAAUAUACCAAUAUUGCCAAUGUGGAUGUAAAGCUAGCUCAUUCCUCAGGCCUCAAUGCAUUGUGAACAAGUUCCUGUAAUUGUUGUUUGUAUGUAUAAUUCGAAGACACCAGAAUAAUAAAAAAAAGAUGUAGAUUUAUUUCAUCAUAUUAUACAGACUGAUUGGUUGUAUAAAUUUAUUUACUGCUAGUGUAAAGAACUGCUUUUAUUGUUUUCAUAUUAUUUUACUUUCUUUAAAAAUAAAAUAGAUUACAUCCGGUUGAA